AUGUCUGGUUCCCCCUCGCCUCUUCUCCGCCUCGUCCAAAACGUCACCACCAAAUCGGGCCGCAGCAAUCGCCAUCCCGCUGGAUACAGCCUGCAGAUCUCAUGCCAUGUAAAGCCCAAUGCAUCCAACAAUCGAGUAGGAAUCACGGCCGUGGGGGCAGAUACGGUUGAUGUCUGCGUGGCUGCUGUGCCGAGGAACGGCGAGGCAAAUACAGCCGUGUCGCAAGUUUUCGCCCAGAUAUUCAAAGUCCCCAAGUCCAACGUGGACGUCAUUCGUGGCUUGAAAUCGCGUGACAAGACUCUCAGGAUCUCAGAUCUUGAUAUUGGAGCUGAAGGCGAGGAGAAGUUCCUACAAGAAGCUCAAAGGAAGCUAAGAGAGGCUGUUAUCCAGAAAUAA